AGCAGGAUCCUCUGCCUCCAGGUCUGCCCGACCUUCUCUCCGGAGCUGGGGCCACCAUGAGGCCCAUAGCCAUUGCCCUGCUCUGCUUUGGACUGUGCCUGGGCCAAGUGAUCAAGACAGAGACAUUCCUCAGACCCACCCUCGAGGCUGACUUAGGCCCUCUAAUCCCCAAAGGGACACCUGUCACCCUCAGGUGCAAGGGGCAUCCGGGGGCUACUUGGUAUCGUCUGAUGAAAGGAGAAUCUCGGUUCCAGGAUGUGCCAGGAGCUGGGAUGGAGGUGAAUUUCCUCAUCCCAUCUAUGACAAAGGACACGGCAGGUAGUUACUGCUGCCUCUACAUGAACCAGUCUGUCUUCUCAGAGCCCAGUGAGCCCCUGGAGCUGGUGAUGACAGGGCUAUUCAGCAAGCCCUCGCUGUCAGCGGCGCCAAGCCAAGAUGUGGCCCCAGGUCAGAAUGUGACCCUCCGUUGUCAGGCUGAGCAGAGCUUCAACAGGUUCGUCUUCUACAAGGAGGGAGGGGCCGACACCUCUCAGCUUCAGCACGACUCUCAGCCCUACUUCUCCAUCCCAGCUGUGACUGCUGCUCAUGGAGGCAUCUACCAAUGCUAUGUAUUUCACAGUCAACAUCCCUACCUGUGGUCAAGGCACAGUGACCCCUUGGAGCUCAGGGUCACAGGGACAUCUAGUCCAAGGCCGGAACCUCCAGACACGCUAUUUGGUCUUUCCAGACUCCAAGCAGGCAUCUUGAUAGGCAUCUCAGCACUCCUCAUCCUGCUCUUCCUCUUCUUACUCCUUGUCUUCCUCCUUCGGCACCAUCACCAGCAACAGGCCAGGCUCCGGUCUGGAGGCAAAGAGGCAGGUGUUGAAGAGACCUUUAGGAGCUGCACCCAGGCUGAGGAUGCUUCUCUGGAAUCCCCGUAUGCAGCUGUGAAGGGUGUCCAGAUGGAUGAGCACAGGAUGCCCAAUGCCCUGGUGGAAGACCCUCAGGAAGUGACCUACGCCCACCUGAUCCACAAGUCCCCCAGUCAGCGCCUUGAGCACCUUCCUCCAUUCCCAGCAGGGGAGUCCAUCCUCUAUGCCCCAUUGGCCAUCCAGCUAGUGAUGCCUGGAACUGCCAUGUCCCCCUCAGCCAUCACGUUGCUGGGUUUUGGAUUAUGGCUGAGCCAGUGGAUCGGAGCUCAAGAGGGGACACUCCCCAGACCCACCCUCCAGGCUGAUCCAAGCCCUCUGAUCCCUCACAAGAAAUCUGCCACCCUCCGGUGUCAGGGAUUUCCUGGAGCUGAUAUGUACCGUCUAAGGAAAGAAGGAAGCUCCCAGUACACAGAUGUUCCUACAGCUGGGAGGCAGGCUGAGUUCCCUAUCCCUUCUGUGACACCGGACAACACUGGAAGCUACUACUGCCUCUACAGGAAUCAGUCCCACUGGUCCAAGCCCAGUGAGCCCCUGGAGCUAGUGAUGACAGGCUGGUAUGAUAAGCCCUCACUCUUAGCCCUGCCCAGCCCAGAGGUGUUUGCAGGAGAGAAUGUCACCCUCCAAUGUUGGUCACAGCAGUGGUUUGAAAAAUACAUGCUCCACAAGGAGGGAGGGGUCAACCUUUCCCAGAGCCAAGGAAGCCGGUACCAUGCAAAUUUCCACAUCCCUGAGGUGACUGCUGCUCAUGGAGGCUCUUACAGAUGCUACAGCCUUCACAGUGAUGCCCCCCAUGAGUGGUCAGCCCCCAGUGACCCCCUGGAGCUCAGGGUCAAAGGUGCUUCCCCCCAGAAUUACACUGUGGGGAAUAUCGUCCGCCUUGGCCUGGCUGGUCUGGUCCUCAUCAUCCUAGGGGUCCUGCUGGUGGAAGCCUGGAACAGCCAGAGGAGGCACCAAGAAGCAGCCCAGAAGCCCCUGCCUAAGCAGUCAGACCAAGCCAAAGGGCAAGGCAGAAUUGGGGAUCCAGUGAAUUUGUAA